AGCCAAGUGUCCAUGGUGAGCAGUGGAUAGGGGAAGCCCACUGGGAUAGAUCGCCUGGGAAGCACCCCAAAGAUGAGGCUCAACCGGAGAUCAGAGCCCCUAAAGGCAGCUCGGAUCCUAAAGGGGAAACAGACCCUGAAGACUCGUCCCUGACGCAGCUGCCAGCCGAGACCCAGGCUCCUGCUGUCAUGGGGCUGGUGGAGCCGAAGGCUGAUGCCCUGGCCCAGGAGUGCUCGCCCAGCCAGGGCCAGCUCGGGAAGGGGAAGACACCUUCACCAGGGAGGAAAACAGAGGAAACCACAGAGGAGACCCCAGUGCCCCAAGCAUCCUACCAGUUCGACCCCGAGCGGUACAACGAGAGUGUGAACCCCUUUGUGUCCCCACGCUGCCUGCCCCAUCCUGGGGGCAGCCCUGGUGAGCUGGAGGGGGACGUGGAGCCCAGAGGGGAGGUCCCAAAACCUGACGUCGAUGGUUCGGAAAACGGAGAGAGCGCAGAGGCCAGGAGAGCUACGCCCAGGAAGGGCAGCAGGAUCCCGGCCAGCAAGCUGACGCCCAAGAGACACCGAGAGUCCCCCAAGAAAUCGGCCGAGGAUGCAGAGAGGGGUCCCACAGAGCCACCCCCUCCCCGGGGCUCCCCCCGGCUGGGUCCUGUGCUCCGGGACAGCCCAGGUCUCAACCCCUUCAGUGGCAGCUCGGUGCUGCAGAACUCACCGACUCUCCCCAAGGGCUCUUACCGGUUUGACCCAAAUAACUUUGACUCCGUGGACCCGUUCAAGCCCACCAAGACCCUCGCCAGCAGCGCCGCCGACUCCUGCCCCACUGCCGACAACAGCCUCAACGAAAUCCUCGAGUCGCAGACGCUGGAGGCGCAGGAGGAGCUCGUCAGAGGCGGCGAGUCCCCGCAGAAGCCCAGGUCACGCCUGAUAACGAGCGGCUGCAAGGUGAAGCAGUACGAGACACAGUCCCUGGUCCUGGACGUCUGUGCUCAGGAUGAAGGAGCCUUGAUCUCGGAAAUCCCAGAUAUUGCAAAUCGGGAUGGACGUGCCACUGAUGAGGAGAAGCUGGCCUCCACCACCUCUGUGCAGAAGCCAGCUGGGCUGGAGAAGAAGGGCGAGCCAGAAGAUGACCUGGAGUACUUUGAGUGCUCGAACGUGCCCGUGCCGGCGGCGAAGCGCAGCGUGGAGGCAG